AGAACCUCAAGGAACUGCCCCUUCCUCUUGUGAAAACUGUAGAACUUGCUACUGUUGUUAGUAAAAAGCUUUGGAAGAUGGAUGAAGAUGGAUAUAUGAGUAUAGAUCCAAGUAAGAGAGAUCAUCACUUGCCAGCCCCUAAAGGGAGCAAAGAUUGUUCCCUGAAUCUCUGCUGCAAAAUUGUGUUCGGCAUUUCCGUGGCAGGAAACGUGGCCCUGGCUGUGCCUUUCACUCUUCUCAUGCUUCAAGGUUUCCAGGACCAUGCUGACUCAAAACUUCCACCUUACCAGAUCUGGAGUUGCGCACUAAACUGUAUUCCUUGUCAAUCAGCUACAAACAGUAUUACAGCAAAUCUGACUCUGGAUCCAAGCACAGCUCAUCCCCAGCUCUACGUAUCUCCUGAUUUGAAAAGCGUGAGAUGGAGAGGCAUGAAACAGCAAGUGAACAGCAGUCCUCUGAGAUACAACCUCAUGGCCAGUGUCCUCAGCCACGAGAGCUUUGCCUCUGGGAAGCUUUGCUGGGAGGUGGAAGUGGUGGAGGGGGGAGAGUGGUGGGCGGUGGGAAUAGUUCGGGAGUCGGCAAACAGAAAUGGACAAAUUAUCCUCAACCCUCGUGGGGGUUACUGGGGAGUGCAGCGAAUUGAAGGACGGUAUGAGGCGAUCACCCAUCCCAGGACAAAUUUGACAUUGUGCCAUCCCCCGAGAAGGAUCCGAGUUUCUCUGGACUAUUCACAAGGCCUCGUGUCAUUUUUUGACGGCGAUACAAAUGCUGAAAUCUUUGCCUUUCCGAAAGCAAAUUUUGCUGGAGAGAAGAUUCACGCUUGGUUCUUGAUCUAUAAGUGGAAUGGGCAGCUUGUCCUCCAUCCAUGACCGGGUGGUCCAAAGGGCUCAUCACACUGGAAGAGCUUCAGACCACCUGCCUCAAGCUCUCCUCCACUCCUUGUGUUUCUCCAUGCGCACCAUGCCAUGGGCGUCUUCGGUUCCCUUUGUCCUUCCUUUUCCCUCCUGCUUUGCUACCACCACAUUAUCUUCUAAAUCAAAGAUCUCCUCCCACCUGUCCUUCCCCAUGUCUCCUAAUGCCACCUCUAGCCAGCUAACCAGGGUCAAAUAUUUAAGGAAUGAUGAAACCCCAGAUUAUUUCAGACAUUGAAAAAACCAGAUGGGUGGAGAGUAAAGCAUGGGAGAAAAAAAUGUUAUGUCUGGAAACCCCAGCGAGGGAUAAUCCUAGGAUAAGUAGAAUAUUUUUAAAAGAACAGGGAUAGUUUAAGAGAGGACAGGACUACACCAAUGUUCUUCCAUGAGUCAGAUCACCAUGGAAGCAUCUUAGAGUCCUUUUAAGCCCUCACACAAUGCUCACUACACUUUCUGUGGGCCACCUACGGCACGUUCCCCUUCAUUCCACUAAUCUCUGAAUUUAGGGCCUCAGCAAGGCAUUUGCUGAAUUCUCUUUUCAGCGUUUGUUAACAUUACUCUUCAUCCAAAAGACAAGAAAUAAGUGAGUCUGCUGGCUAAUUAUUUAGCAUUCAGAACACAAAAGAAAAAAGAGGCAAAUCAUGCCUUAUUCUUUAGCAAGUUGUGGAAAGCCAACCACUUGUGUUUCAAUCAAUAAAUUAUGGUUAUAAAGCUG